CUUCCGGUGCCCCCAUAGCCCCACUCCCUCCCGAUGCUAGCACCGUCGGGCUUGGCUGUGGGAGCGUAAUGGCGGUGCACCGGGGACCCUCUACGAAAUGGCUCUUCUCCCGGGAGCAGCUCGAAAACACGCCGUCUCGACGCUGCGGAAUCGAGGCUGACAGGGAGCUUUCGUACCGGCAGCAGGCGGCCAACUUAAUCCAGGACAUAGGCCAGAGACUCAACGUAUCCCAACUUAUUAUUAACACCGCUAUAGUAUAUAUGCACAGGUUUUAUAUGAUCCACUCCUUCACAAAAUUCCAUAGAAAUAUAAUUUCCCAGACUACUUUGUUCCUGGCAGCCAAAGUUGAGGAGCAGCCCAGGAAGCUGGAACAUGUCAUUAAAAUAGCCCAUGCCUGCAUUAACCCACAAGAGCCUGCCCUAGACACUAAGAGCAACGCAUUCCAGCAGCAGGCACAAGAGCUUGUAGCACUGGAAACAAUAGUGCUGCAGACGCUGGGGUUUGAAAUAACAGUUGAUCAUCCACACACAGAUGUUGUGAGGUGUUCCCAGCUAGUGCGAGCAAGCAAGGAUUUGGCACAGACUUCCUAUUUCAUGGCUACCAACAGUUUGCACCUCACCACCUUCUGCCUGCAGUAUCGGCCCACAGUCGUGGCGUGCGUCUGCAUCCAUCUGGCCUGUAAGUGGUCCAACUGGGAGAUCCCCGUGUCGACAGACGGCAAACACUGGUGGGAGUACGUGGACCGGACUGUUACGUUACAGCUGCUGGAUGAACUCACACACGAGUUUCUUCAGAUUUUAGAGAAGACGCCAAGCAGACUGAAGAGGAUACGAAACUGGAGGGCCAUUCAAGCUGCUAAGAAGCCAAAGACAGAGGGCCCAUCCGUGGAUAGUGCCUUCCAGGGGACAUCCCUCGACAGCCUUCCUGGUGUCACCAACUCCUUCUUCCCUUCCACGUCUGGAUCUGACUCUUCGGACAUCCCCUCCCUGAACAGCAUCACGGCCCCCUACUCGUCUUACCAGCCGCUCAGCGACCACUCAAAGUCCUGUGGUUACGACCAGUUUUCCGAGCCUCACCACUCAGACUUCACGCUGGUGAAACACGAACACAAAGCUGCAGGCGGGUCGAGCGGCAAACACCAGCAGCUCGGGACAAACGCCGCAGCCUUUACACGACCUCAGAAAGUCUUGACUCUUGAAAAGUACAGAGAGAAACACGCAGCGGCCGAGCUGGCGUUGCAGAACGGUAUAAAAGAGGAGCAGAGCACAGACAUGUACGCCCCACCCCCCACUCUGUCCACGCACCACCACAAGAAACGCUCCCAGCAGCAGCAGGCCAGCCAGUCGGGCGACAGCAGGAGGGAAAAGUCCAGCUCGAAAAAGAGCCGGCUGCCUUCUGCUUUCGCUGAGAACGGCUCUGCCACCAGUGAGGAGCUUAAGAUGAGAAUCAAGGUUUCAUCUGAGCGUCACGGAGGCUCAGAGCAGGGCGGGAGUGGAAAAGACAAGCACAAAGAGCACCACCGUCACUCAAAACACAGCCACUCGCACGCUUACUCAAUCAGCGGGAACGGCAGAGGGACAAUAGACAAUGCCUCCUUAUCCCUACGAGCUCCCAGCGGCCACUGCAACGAUGUGGGCUCGUCCGGCUCAUCUCGAAAGAGGCCUCACUCUGACGCCGGAAACCACAACCACAACCACCACCACUCAUCGAAGAGCAGCAGGAGCUCCAAAGGAAGCCUCGGCUCGUCCCACUACGCGUCAGAGAGCGGCCCGAGAAUGAUGGAGCACCACGGCCACGACGGAACAAACGGCAUGCUGACAUCCAAUGGCCAACACACUGACUACAAAGACACUUUCGACAUGCUGGACUCUUUACUAAGUGCCCAAGGAAUGAACUUGUAACCCUCAGAGUCCGGUGUUGUCUAGAUUAAGGUAUUACCAUGUUUAAUAGAAUUUUAAAAAAUGAAUUUAUUUGUCUUAAAUUAUGAUUUCUGCAUCGCCCUCAGUCGUGUCCACACACUGAUCAUUGAUGACUCUUGUAAAGCUGUCAGAAAUGUAAAAUUACAUGCAUAGAGCUGUGUACAACUAGCUUGCAACAAAAACACAAAACCAUGAAGUUUCAAAAAAGGUGGCUGGAAAGAUUUUAAACAUUCUUUUAACAUGAUUUUAACCUGCAUGUUUUCAGCCACAAAAGGGAAGACAUAGCUAGUGUCUGCAGCCAUCUUGACAGUUUACACUUUUUUUUUUUUCCUUUUUGUAUGUUACAACAUCCUGUUCCACUAAAAAUCUCAGGUCUUGAACUUUUUUGAUAUGAGAAUGAAUCUUCCUCUGUUUGGGUUUAUUACCUUUAUCCGUGGAGAUGUUAUCACCUCGUCCAUUUGCUGACGAAGACUGGCAGAACUCGUCUCUGUCAUAGGAAACAUGGUCUGCUUAUUUUUCAAAGUCAAUAGUUUAAAAAAAGAAACUCAUCCAAACGUGAGGCCGGCUCGUCUAUCUGCUGUCUAUUUAGACUUCCAAGGCCACACCUGAAUUUAAUGUGCAGACUCAUUUAGAGCUACAAAGGAACUUUACAUAACAUCUGCUGUGAAAGUGCAUUUAAGAUAUAUCGGCUAAAACUGCAAAAGGGCCUUGUGAUUGUACCUUGUCAAGCGCUAUUCAGUAUGAUUAAUGUUAUUACUAUCAGAAAAUACAGAUCUUAAAAUAAGAUUGUGUAUAUAGGACUGUAGUUGAGAUUUAAAAUGUUGGUUUCUUGCAUCAGUCCAAACUUUCUCCAUUCAGUGUAUAAUGAAAUCUAAAGCAGACUGUAUUGAUGAACAUAUCCUCGAUUUGUGUAUUUGGAGCCCAAAUAAAGGUGUAAAAGUGAA